AUGACGACGCCCCGUCCGACUCAUUUGCAUCGGAGGUCCUCUUCCAAGUGGGUGCCGCCCUCCGCCCCUCUCCACAAUCCGAUUUCUAUAUUCCGAGGCCGCAAUAACAGAGAAACUGGGUGAGUUAUUCAUAAUUUCAAUUCAAAAGUCAUUCUGUUCUUUUCUAGAUCUCGAGUCAUCCGCCCCAAUCACUUGUUCGAGUCCCCUCGCUAUGAACUGAAUAACUAUCGAGACUUUACUGACAAUCAGAUAUCUACCACUAAGUACAGUAUCUGGAACUUUGUUCCUCUCAACAUCUGGCAUCAGAUCUCGACCAAAUACGCUAACCUUUAUUUCAUAUUCAUUGCCGUUCUCAAUUGGGUCCCAUUUUUCGAUGCAUACACCCGAUACGUCGGACUUAUUCCAAUCACUUUCGUCCUCGGAACAACGCUGAUUAAAGACGGGGUUGAGGACUAUCGAAGAUGGAAGUUUGACAAUCAGAUCAACACGAAGACGUGCCAUGUGUGGGACCGGGACAGAUGUUCAUUCAGGAAGACUGAAUGGAGGUACAUUCUUGUCGGAGACUUUGUUCACAUUUCGAACGAUCAAGACGUUCCAGCGGAUAUCAUUUUGAUACGGUCAGUUGAUUUUACUUCAUGAACAAUGUUUCAAUUAUUCAGUUCCUCGAACGAAAGUGGCACUUGCUACAUCGAAACGUGUAAUCUGGACGGAGAAACGUCGCUGAAACAGAGAAUGGUUCCUGGCAAAGUGGUCGAGUAUUCGCAUGUAAGAAGUUCUUCGAAUGCGCUCUUAGAAGAGAUUAUUCAGAAGGAUUCCACAUUCAAACCAUCCGAUUUCACCGGAGUUGUGACCUGUGAGAAGCCCGACAAGAGCAUCUACACAAUCAGAGCCAAAGUGGAGUACGAACCGGGGAACACCGAUGUGAUUAUCAAAGAGAACAUGCUGCUCCGCGGCUCUCGCAUCAAAAACACAACGUUUGUCGAGGGAAUUGUGGUUUAUGCGGGACAUGACACCAAAGUGAUGCUGAACAACGGACGGGCGCCGCACAAAACGUCGGGCAUCGAGAAGCUGACCAACAAGUGAGACGGAGAGAAAGAGAGCGACGCUGAAAAUGUGAUUUCAGAUUCAUCAUUGCUUGUUUCCUGAUGCUUUUGGUUAUGGUUGUGUACGGAGCGGUCGCUUCGGCAGUUUGGGUUGGAGAUCAUCCAGUUGACAAACAGGUUUAUUAGGGCACAGAUACACGCAUUUUAGUUUUCCGUAUUGACGGAUGUAUCCACGUUCAAACUCUCAAGAGCAUCCGUGCAUUUCUCGAGCUGCUCGACUACGGCGACGGCAAUCUGAAAACAGUUUUUGAUUGGCGAUAGAGCUCAGUAGAAACUCACAUCCUUCCGCCGUUGUUUUUCACGUUUCUGCGCCUGUUUUAUCAACCGUCUUUCUCGAGAAAAAUCGCUGACUUUGGCCGUUGGCACGAACUUCUUCCGCUUUUUCUUCACUUUCUGUGCCUUUUGAUGGCAGAUGGCUUCUCGAUUUUCCUUUUUGAUCCUUGGAUUUGUGUGAAUCUUUACUUCCCUUGGUUUCCGAGGCAUUUCCAAAGGACAAAAAAGGCUCACGGGGCUUCUGUUCCUGUCACUUUCGAUAGAGCGCAUUUGCAUCAAGGGGACAGUGGGAGAGGAAGAGACGCAGACACUCUUGCAGAUACCGUUCAUCACAUCGAACGCUCCACAGCCAUUCAUCGAAGGAUUCAUUGGCAUCGGCGCCUUCUUCAUCAACUACCAACUUCUGGUCCCCAUCUCUCUUUAUAUCACCGUCGAGAUCAUCAAGGCUCUUCAGAUAUACUUCAUCAGUAAUGAUAUUCAACUUUACGAUGAGAAAUCGGUAGGACACCUUCAAUGAAGCACAAAACACAAAAUUCUUAACUUUCAGGACAGAGCAAUCGACUGUCGUUCGCUGAGUAUCCCGGAAGAACUGGGCACAGUAACCCACGUGCUCUCCGAUAAAACGGGAACGUUGACGGAGAAUAUGAUGAUCUUCCGGAAUUGUGCAUUUGACGAAACGGAUUACGGUACAGAGGAAUCCAAAUCGAACCCGGACAAACCCGUCCGAUCGGAUGCUCUUUACUCGAGGAUCAUGAACUCGAUGCACAAUCCCAUUCAGAAGCACUUCUUCGCCAAUAUUCUACUCAAUAACUCUGUUGUUGUCAACCGUAUUCCUCAUACAGAUGCGUUGGACUUAGGAUCGUUUGAGGGAGGGUCUUAUAAUAUUGGAAACUCGAGUUUCUAUGAUGUGACGGAAGAGAAGUACAAAGAAAUGUUGGAGGCGAUCGGGAAGGAACCAGCCGACGACGACUUUAGAAGGCCUAGCGAGUAAGCGUUGAGAAAGGCGCUCUAAACUUCCGAUGUGGAUUCGAUGAGCAUUUGUGCGGUUGCAUCGAAUCCACAUCGGAAGUUUAGAGCGUCUUGAUAGGUUGCACAUUGAAAUUCACCCACCAUCCCUUUGGUGGGCGUUCCCGCCUGCGCAACAGACGUGUAGGUGAAGCCGAAUUGAGCACUCUGAUCAGUUUUCUUCCAUCGUUUGAUGAAUCCCUGCCUGGGUCACCAUGUACAAACAGGUGCGGGCUAUGGUGUAACGAUUUAUUCGGAAAGAAUCGUAGAAGUCGAAGAAUGUAGAAAGUAGAAGAAAGAAUAGAAGAGAAUAUCCUGAGAAGAGCGAUUCCGGGGUAUUUAACGGAGUUCCGCUAAUCGAAUCACCGUGAAUGUGCCUGGGAACGGUGAGGAAUGGGGAUGGUUAUUAUUAUCGUGAGAGUCGAUGGGAAUGCUCUGUUCUGUGGUCAUUGAUCAUCUCCUCCGUCGUCGAUAUCGCGAUCUGCGACAGGUCAAGUCAUAGUUUUAACAGUACCUGUUUCAGUUUGGGACUCACGACGACAAUUCAGUUUGAUGACCGUCUCACAGUCAUUGCUGAAGAGGACACACCGUCUGAUUCCCCUCUUCCAUCCGAAAUGACACCGCAAGAGUCUCCAGAAACGGCCACUACCAACUCGAUGUCCCCAAUCUACCGACCACUUUCAUCGCUUUCCUCUUUCUCCAGAAAAGUCUCAACAGUUGUGAGAAGGAGUAUUUUGAGGCCGAUCUCUGACUUGUGAGCCGUCUCGCAAUAUUUAUUCAUUCCUAUUUCUCAUUUUCAGCAUCCCGGUGAGGAAACGUUUGAUCUCGUUCAAACAACAGGAUCUGAACCCGUACGAGGCGGAGAGUCCGGACGAGCUCGCACUUAUCGAAGGAGCCACCCUUUAUGAUUAUGUACUUCUGGAAAGAGCCGCCACGAGCAUUACCAUUUCGACGCCCGAGAAAGCGGAGAAACGGUACGAACUGUUGCUAACUCUUCCGUUUGAUGCCACGAGAAAACGGAUGUCCGUGGUUGUGAACUCUCCAAAAGGGCCUCUUUUGUAUUGUAAAGGCGCCGAUUCUGCAAUUAUGCCGAGGUGAGAAAUGGAUGGAACGCAUGGAAAAGCAGUGGACCUUUUUAAUUACAGGUUAACUGCGGAGAAUAAGUCCGAAGGAAGAGUUCGGGCAAUUGAGGAACAUUUGGAUGGGUACGCAAAGAGAGGUCUGAGGACGCUCUGCUUUGCAAUGAAGUAUAUUCCGCAGGAGGAGUUCGACGACUUUCUGCACUCUUACAAAUUCGUAAGAAGACAUUCUUCACUUCUUUUUCUAUCUUUUCUUUCAGUUGAUGGAAGACGCGUCAAGUGAGCGAGAGAAAAUGUUAUCCGAAAAGGCGGACGAGCUGGAGAAAGGACUGGCAUUGUGUGGAGUGACCGGGAUAGAGGACAAACUGCAGGACGGAGUGGCCGACACUUUGUGCUCUCUGAGAAGUGCGGGCAUCCAGGUGUGGGUGCUGACGGGCGACAAACUGGAGACUGCACAGAAUAUUGCGACUUCGAGUGGACUGUUCCAUCCGCACAGACCUCUGAAAGUGAUCGAGUCGGAAGCAGAUGCAGAGGAGGCCAGUGAAUCAACAGGACUCAACAUCAUCAUGUCCCCCGCCGCGAUCCGAUUGGCUCAAGAAGGGAAUGUGCAUUUGAUGGAAACACUCAAAAAGUAGACACUUCUGAAAUUUCCUUUCAAUUAUUUCAGUUUUCAGAGCAAAAACAGUGUUGUGCUACCGAAUGACUCCUGCCGAAAAAGCGACAAUAGUGAAUACGGUCAAGAAACGAAUAAAAGGGAAUGUGCUGGCGAUCGGAGACGGUGCGAACGACGUUCCGAUGAUUCAGGCGGCGCACGUUGGAAUCGGAAUUGCUGGAAAAGAAGGAUUGCAGGCGGCGAUGGCAUGUGACUUCGCCAUUGCUAGGUUCAGGUUCUUGUCGAGAUUACUUCUGGUACACGGCCACUGGAGCUACUACCGUCUUUCCAACACAUUCCUCUACUUUCUUUACAAAAACGCUGUGAGAUAACAGCGCUCCUUUAUGCCUUAAGAGUUGUUAUUCCAGAACGCCGUCUUCAUAGUCUUCUACUAUCAAUUCUUCAACGGCGCUUCCGGAUUGAACCUCAUCGAUCCUCUUUACGGCGUCGCCUAUCCGAUCAUUUUCACGAGUGUUCAGCCGGUCAUUGUGGGCGUUCUAGACCAAGACGAAAAGGACGAAACGCUGAUGAAUCAUCCGGAAAGAUACGUUCUGGGAAGGGAGAAUCAGAUGUACACGUGGAAGCACUUCUUCCGAGAUGUCAUUGAUGGAAUAUACCAGGCCGCCGUUAUCUAUUACAUUCCACAUCUGGUAGGCAGACUCCCUUUAGUCAAUUUCUAAUCUCAUUUCCUCAGACUCUCCUCGAUUCUAACAUCAGUGUGUGGGAAGUUGGAUUCUACGUUGCAAUCGGUUCGGUCCUCGUCAAUUCUGCUCAUUUAGCCCUUCAAGUUCGAUACUGGCACUGGCCUCUCGCUUCCUCUUUCUUCUUCUUCAUCUUUCUCACUUUUGCCUAUUUCUUCGGCGUAUACACGUCAGGAGGACUCAGUAUGGUUCCGGAUACGCCCGUCCGGAUGCCAGUGCACGCAGUUUCUGACGGCCGAUUCUGGUUCUCCAGUAUAAUCACAGUGAUCGUGGCGCUUUGUCCAAGGUGGGCACUCCAUCAUUCCCUAUCCUUCCUACCCCUUUCAGAUUUACUUCCCAAUGCCUACUCGCUUCAGUCAACACGGGUCCUACUCCGGCUCAAUGA